AUGGAACAGUUCAGCAACGACGAUCUUGAAUACGUUAACGACGACUACUUCGAAUUCUCCGAUUUCCAAGACGAAGAUACCUUCUCCAACAAUGUUCCUAACCGUACUUCCGAUUCCGACUCCGAAGACGAUUUCGAUACGAGUAAUGCGAAGACGGAUACUUCUGCUAUGGAAGCAAGAAACGGGAAAGAUAUUCAGGGAAUUCCAUGGGAGAUGCUUAAUUAUACUAGAGAUGAAUACCGUGAGACUCGUUUGAAACAGUAUAAGAAUUACGAGAGCCUCACGCGCUCUCACGAGGAGCUUGAUAAGGAAUGUUUGGAAGUGCAGAAAGGGAAAUCGUUCUAUGAUUUUCAGUUUAAUACCAGGCUUGUCAAAUCAACAAUUGUGCACUUUCAGCUGAGGAAUCUGUUGUGGGCAACAUCAAAGCAUGAUGUAUACCUUAUGCAAAACUACUCCGUGAUGCAUUGGUCCUCAUUACUACGAAGGAGUAAAGAAGUGCUUAAUGUGGCAAAACCCAUUAUUCCAACCCUUCAGAAGCAUUCUGGAUUAGCCCACCCUACUUCGCGAGUGCAAAUUAGCACCAUGGCAGUUAAGGAGAACCUGAUGGUGGCAGGUGGUUUCCACGGCGAGCUUAUUUGCAAGAAUUUGAAUCAUUCUGGAGUUGCAUUCUGCAGUAAAAUAACUACAGAUGAUAAUGCCAUAACCAAUGCAGUGGAUAUUUUCUGCAACUCCAGUGGGUCAUUGAGGGUCAUUGCAGCAAAUAAUGAUUCCCAAAUUCGAGUUUUCGAUUCAGAGAAUUUUGCUUCUCUUGGUUGUUUCAAGUAUGAUUGGUCUGUCAAUAAUGCUUCUGUUAGUCCAGAUGGAAAGUUGUUAGCUGUUCUUGGGGACAGUACCGAGGGCUUGAUAGCUAAUGCUAACACGGGGAAGAUCACUGGAAACCUAAAAGGGCACUUGGACUAUUCUUUCUCAUCUGCUUGGCACCCUAACGGACAAAUAUUGGCAACUGGGAAUCAGGACAGGACAUGCAGGUUGUGGGACAUAAGAAAUCUUUCACAGUCCUUAGCAGUAUUAAAGGGAAGAAUAGGUGCAAUAAGGGGCUUAAGAUUCACAUCAGAUGGACGGUUUUUGGCCAUGGCUGAGCCAGCAGACUUCGUCCAUAUUUUUGAUUCACAAUCUGGUUAUACACAUAGUCAAGAGAUAGAUAUAUUUGGUGAGAUUGCUGGUAUAUCUUUUAGCCCUGACACCGAGGCUUUGUUUGUUGGCGUGGCUGAUCGAAUGUACGGUAGCUUGUUAGAGUUCACCAGAAAACAUUAUUAUCAGUAUCUAGACUCGAUGCUUUAA